GUUAAUUUCAUUUCAAGUUUUGCUCUGAUGACAAUUUAAAAUUAAUUGGACACGUCGAUUUCUCAAAUAUAAUAUAAAAAAUCUAUGUACAUAAUUUAAUUAAAAAUAUUGUGAUUGCAAUGUCUUCAGAACCAACAAAAGAAACAAUAACAGCAAUUUUUAAUAAAUUAAGAACACAGCCAGCUAACAAAUUGUGCUUUGAUUGUGGUGCAAAAAAUCCAACUUGGUCCUCAGUAACUUUUGGCGUUUUUAUAUGUAUCGAUUGUUCUGCAGUACACAGAAAUUUAGGCGUGCAUUUAACUUUUGUGAGGUCGAUUAAUUUGGAUACGAAUUGGACCUGGUUGCAAUUACGACAAAUGCAAGUUGGUGGAAAUGCAAAUGCUUCACAAUUUUUCCGCCAACACAAUUGUAUAACAGAUGAUGCACAGCAAAAAUAUAAUUCUAGAGCUGCUCAGUUAUAUAGAGACAAAUUGUUGAAUAAAGCUCAAGAAGCCAUUAAAACAUACGGAACUAAUACAUUUUUAGAACAUUCCAAUAUAGAAAAGUCUGUUAAUGAGCUUAAAUGUAGUAAAUCGAGCAUUGAAGAGCAUCAAUCCGAUGAAUAUCUUGAUGAUAAGAACUUGUCAACAGAAAAACCUGUUGUAGAGUCAAAUAAUGAAAGUUUUGACAUUUUACAAUGUCCCCCACCCAAUGAUUCUAUAAAACCUGGUAUUCGUAAAAUUCAACCUAAAAGAAGUGGCCUUGGUGCAAAGAAAGUAAGCAGUCUUGGAGCAACAAAAGUUAAAACGAAUUUUGCUCAUAUUGAGCAAAAGGCUAAUCUUGAAAGCCGCUGUAACAAGGAAACUUUUUCAACCGAGCCAUUAAAUGAUUCAAAAGAAGAUAAUUUUAAAAUUGAAUCAGAUUCAAGCCUGGCUGAUAAAGUGUUAUCUUUUAAAAAGCAGGAAGAAGCAAAAUUAAGUCAAAUGAACCCACAAAAAGCAAAACAGUUGGAACGAUUGGGUAUGGGCUUCAAUUUAAAAGGUGUUGUUUCACAUUCGGCAACUUUUGAUAUGCAAACAAUAUCUCAAGAGCAACCUAACUCUAGUUUUAAUACACCAUUCGAACGGGAUCGUAUUGAAUCAAAUCAAAAUGAUUUAUUUAAUCAAUAUUCUUCAUCCACAUCUAGUUCAGCAGGAAUGUAUUCGUCUUCCAAGUUUGAUGAUGAUAAUUUAUCUGAAGACUUUGAAAAAAUUGAUUUCAUAGAUCAACCUAAGGUAACCACAAUGUUUUCACCGAUCACUGAACAUCCGAAAACAAAUCAACCUAAAACUAACAAAACGUAUAAAACAUACGAGAAUACUGAGGCUCAGUCGAAGUUCGGAAACGCUAAGGGAAUAUCGUCAGAUCAGUUUUUUGGUAAUGAUAAUAAUAAUGAAGUAUCAGCAAGUUUAUCUCGUUUUCAAGGUUCAACUAGUAUUUCAUCUGCAGACUUGUUUAAUGAUGGAAAGAGUAACAAUAGUGUUAGCAAGUUGCAUUCUUUCGAUCCAAGAAAUAAUUUUAACGAUCUGGAUGACGUUAAAGAAAGCGUUCGUCAGGGUGUUACAAAAGUUGCUGGACGGCUGAGUUCGAUUGCAAGUGAUGUUAUGUCAUCUAUUCAAGAAAAAUAUGGAUAUUGAUUAUUUUUAUAAAUUUUCAUGUUUCAUUAAUUUUUUGUUUUAGCUGAAAUUUUAUUUUUAUGUUUAAUUGUAUGCUAUAAAUAACGUUGUUUUUCUUUAAUUCGAAAAUAUACCUAUGAUUGAUUGGC